CACACAACCAUAGUAAAUACGAUUUUUGAAGGCUCUCCUUUCCGCACGAAGCACCCCGGCAUAGAGCAAGAAAGACCCCCUUUAACUACCCCGCAGUAAAGAAGCUGUCACAGUCUUUGGAGUUCGAUGUGUACACGUAUCUGUUUUUAAAGGAUAUUUUUUUUCGUUCGAUACCAAUGUUGAUUUGAUGCCAUUUUUGUACACAAAUGAUUUGAAGGAAAAUGAGUAGUAAUCAAGACACCAAAGCUAUCAUUAUCCAGCCCGAGGGUCGGGGUAGAACCCCCCUCCAGGAAUGGCCCGUCCAUACAGAGUGUCCUUACUGUGGCGGCUUUAUCCUGACCAGUCUAGAAUAUGAAACAGGGACGCUUACCUGGAUAAUGUGUUUCUUUAUAAUGUUCAUUGGGCUGUUUCUAGGAUGCUGUUUAGUGCCUUUUUGUAUGGACGGGUGUAAAGAUAUUGCUCAUAUUUGUCCAGACUGUAAAAAGGAAGUGGGAAGAUUUUACCGGAUUUGAAACUAUAUUCACUGAGAUAUGCAUGAUUCCAUAGCCUAUCAUGUUUUAAAAUUCGCUGUAUAUAUUUUAUCAUGAAAAAUUAUAUUUUCAUGAAAAAGUCUUUGUGUAGAGUAUUCUGCACAUCAUUUUGUUUUUCAAAGAAAUACUAUUGUUAUUGUUUUUGUAUGUGUAUGUUUUUGUAAGGAUUAUAUAGUUGAACAAUGUACAAAUAAGCCAAUGUCAGCUGAUAUGACCGUACAUAUAUAAUUAUCAUUCAGCAUUACCUAACUUCGCUAAACUCUUCGUACAAGCACUGCAUAUGAGCAAAAUAAUUCAAUAUAUUAGCAAAAGUUUGUUAAAUAACCCGUGAAUAUGUAUUUUUAAUAAAUUGACAUUAUUAGGGUGUUUCUGUGCGAAAUUCUUAGUGUCCAUAAUUUGCUUUGACUCUGUAUGACUGAACUUUUAAGCAAUGUUUUUGCUCUAUGUAAAUGCUCUAUGCAAAAGACAGAACCAUUUAUUCUGACUGCUGUCAGUAUGUGGUUUUGUAUUGUAUAAUUUUUUUUUUUAAUUUUGUUUAACAACUGUAAUUGAUGAUUUAUAAGUUAUUGGUGAUGACGUGUGCAGUGCCUGCUCUAAAAGUAUGUUUUCUUGACAUAUUGCCACUAUUUAGAAAAUGAUUCUGAUUUGAAAUUUGUGAUAAUUAGGAAGACCUAGUUUGUUAUAUUUGUUGACAGUUAUUUUUUUGUAUAUUAGAUAAUUGAAUGACAUGUAUUGAUAAAAUGAGAAUGUAAUAAACAAUCAUGAGUCAA